AUGCCGGCCCAACCUUCCCCGGGGAUCCGAGGGUCCGCGAUACCGCGCGUCUAUUUACUCCAGCUUCUCUCAUCAUGCGCUAUACGGAGCUCCGAGUUCAGUCUGUCGCUCUUUCUGGCUGGCACCUACCCCUCGACAUUGCUUUACAUCUCAAUUCACGGCCUAUGUCGAUCAAUAGCUGCAGUUCUCCUUGGCCCAGCCGUUGGUGCCUACGUCGACAGCCAGGACAGGCUGCGCGCCAUGGGGCUGUGCAUCGCCUACCAGCGACUGUCUAUUGUGCUAUCGUGCAUCCUGAUUAUUUCCUUACGCCACCUACCCGAACCCGGCCUUGAAUCCUGGGGUAGGCUUGCCGCACUGCUCUGUUUUGCAACUGUAGCCUUGCUGGGAAGCAUAGAGAAGCUGGCUGCCAUGGCUAACCUGAUCGCGCUGGAACGGGAUUGGUUGGUCAUAGUUGCCGAAACCCACAGACUUAGAAGGCAAGAUUUCAAUGCAUCGCUCCGCAGAGUUGACCUUCUGAGUAAGCUAUUGGCGCCUUCCUUCGUCGGAUUGAUAGAUUCCUCUUCGCCACAACUAGCCAUGAUGGUUGUUGUCGUGUGGAAUGUAGCCUCAAUGCUGCUUGAGAGCCGAAUCGCGUCUCAGAUAUACAAUACCGUUCCAGAACUCGCGUAUGAACGAGAACAUGGCAAUGUAACCGAGAUGAGGCACUUGUCGCUGGAGAAUGGACCCGAACAGGUUGUGUCUUUGUUGUCCGUACCCCCAUUGUCGGUAACAUCGCUGCUUACACUGGCUCCAUGGGAGGAAUAUCGCAAGUCACCCGUGUUCCUAGCGUCCUUUGCAGGCUGCAUAUUGUGGUGGACUGUACUAUACGUUGGCGGUCCCAUGAUAGCCUACCUUCUCAGCAUCGGCUUCUCCUCACUCCAGGUGACAUUCUUUCGCAUUGUCUCUGUUGUAGCCGAGCUAGGUGGUACCUGGCUGGCACCGAUUCUAAUGGAUAGGUUUGGGCCGUCCAGGGCUGGGUUUUACUUUCUUCUAUGGCAGGUAGCCUGCCUUGCUGUAUUCGCCGGGCCCGUCUUGACCCAUGAUAUCACGACCAUCUUCGCUGGCGUCGCUCUAGGGUUGGGAAUCAUCUUCAAGCGCUUGGGCCUAUGGGGCUCAGACCUGGCUAUCCAAUUCAUGGUGCAAGAGGUUAGUCAUUUCGUUCGUUCAUAA